UCAAGCGGUUGUAAAAAUCUAAACAAAACUAGGGUUCUUCUUCAUUCUAAUCUAAACCUUCCCCAAUUUCUCUUCAUUUUCUCUCUCGUAUAUCUUUCUUAAUCCCUUUAAUUUUCUUUCUUAUUUAAUCAAUUCUCUUUAUUUACAUUUGAAUCAUCAUCAGAAAAUGCCUCCCAGAACUAAGAAAUCUGCAGCUACACCAGCAAAAAAAUCGGCUAAAACUUCAAAAGCUCCUGCAAAGUCUGAGGUUAAAUCUAAUGAUGUCGUAUUAUCUGAAAACAACGAAAACGUUCACAGUAAUACGUCAACGGAUCUGAGUCUCGAACUCAAAUCUGAUGUUAAUGGAUCGUUCUCUUUGAGAAAAGAAGAUGAGGUUAAAGAGGAUGAAUAUGAAAAAGAUGAACGGUUGGACCUUGAGGAUAACGAACCAGAAUAUGAACCAGAAGAAUAUGGUGGUGAGUAUGAUGAGAAGGAAGGUGACCAAGAUGAUUUGCAGGAGGAAGGGGAUGAAGGUAUGGAGGAAGUGGAGGAUGGUGAUUUAGAUGAAGAGGAGGAGGAAGAGGAAGAAGAGGGAGACGUGGCUGAGGAGGACAUGGAAGAAGUUCCAGAGGAACUUGAGGGUGAAGAAGAUGAUGAGCAUGCGGAUGCUGACGAGGGACAGGAGCAUGAUCAUGAACCUGAUCAUGAGCAGACUGAACUGUUUGAUGCCGCAGAAGCACAUGAACACCAUGAACUUUUCAAAGAGAGGCGCAAACGCAAGGAAUUCGAAGUGUUUGUUGGUGGGUUGGACAAAGAUGCUACCAAGGAGGAUUUGAAGGAAGUUUUCAGUGCUGUAGGCGACGUUACUGAAGUCAGGCUCAUGAUGAACCCUCAGACCAAAAAGAACAAGGGCUUUGCAUUCUUACGCUUUGCCACUGUUGAACAGGCAAAGCGUGCUGUCACAGAGCUAAAAAAUCCUGUGGUUAAGGGGAAGCAAUGUGGUGUCACUCCAAGUCAGGACAGCGAUACUCUAUUUUUGGGUAACAUAUGCAAGACAUGGACGAAGGAAAAAUUAAAAGAGAAACUGAAACUUUAUGGAAUAGAAAAUGUUGAGGACUUGACGUUAGUGGAAGAUAGUAACAAUGAAGGGAAAAAUAGAGGUUUUGCUUUUUUGGAGUUUUCCUCUCGUUCCGAGGCCAUGGAUGCUUUUAAACGUCUUCAGAAGAGGGAUGUUUUACUGGGAGUUGAGAGGCCUGCAAAAGUUUCUUUUGCGGAUUCUUUCAUCGAUCCUGGAGAUGAAAUUAUGGCCCAGGUCAAAACUGUGUUUAUCGAUGGUCUUCUUGCCUCUUGGGAUGAGGAUCGCGUUCGUGUGCUGCUCAAGAAGUUUGGGGAGAUUGAAAAGGUUGAACUUGCUCGCAAUAUGCCAUCUGCGAGAAGAAAGGAUUUUGGCUUUGUUACUUUUGACUCUCAUGAUGCAGCAGUAACUUGUGCUAAAAGCAUUAAUAAUGUAGAAUUGGGUGAAGGAGAUCACAAGGCUAAAGUAAGAGCCAGAUUGUCCAGGCCAUUGCAACGGGGCAAGGGUAAAGGUCACUCCCGAGGCGAUCACAAGGGGGCUCGUAUUAUUGGACGACGUCCUAGGGCUCCAUGGAACCGCCCAUUACCACGUGCCUUUCCUCCUCGUGCAAGGGGCCUUGGGAGCCGUAUUCCAGCUGCUGCGGGACGUGGCUUGAAGAGGCCUAUUGGAAUACGGGAUAGGCGCCCCCCACCACCCAUGCCUGCUAGAGCCAGGCCAUUGCCACCUCCAUCGAGGUCAUAUGAAAGGAGAGCUCCUGCUCCACCACCAAGUAAGAGUAGUUUGAAGAGGGAUUAUCCCAGGAGGGAGGAGCUCCCACCAAGAAGCAGGCCUGUGGCAGACUAUAGUUCUAGGUUGCCUCCUGAAAGGCGACCAUCUUAUAGGGAUGAUUAUGAUGCUCGUUCGCCCGUUUAUGCUGAUGCACAUAGGAGCAGUGCCUCACGCUCUGCAGCAAGGAGACCUUAUCCCGAUGAUAGCUAUGCCCCAAGAUAUGAAAGGCCACUUCCAAGUUACCGUGAAGGACGUCCUCGUGAUUACGAUUCUUUGUCUGGUUCAAAACGCUCUUAUAGUGCAAUGGAUGAUGUUCCUUCACGGUACGCUGAUCCUGGGCAAGGUGUGCGCCAUUCAAGGGCACGUUUAGACUAUGACAUUCCAUCUGGAAGCUCUCAGUAUGGGGAUUCAUAUGGUGAUAGAGGGGGAAGAUCUACCGUUGGAUACAGUGGCAGCAGCAGCAGAAGCUCAAUGUCUGCUCAGGAUUCUCAUGGGCUUUACAGUAGUCGUCAGGGUAUGAGCUAUAGUGGUUCAUACAGUGGCAAUGAUGGUGUGUAUUCUUCAACCUACGGCAAUGAAUAUGCGUCUCGUGGAUCUGAUGUUGGUGGAAGCUCGUAUUCCUCUAUGUAUUCUGGCCGUGGUUUGGGAGGAAGUAGUUACAUGGGAGGCGGCAGUUCUGGUUCUUAUUAUUGAGGGUAUUAGACGUUGUACUAUGAGGUUGCUAAGUCGUUGCUUUGCAAGUCGGAUAUCUCGCUGUUGAAGGACGAGUGAAGAUAAUAUGAUCCCCCUUUGUUAGUUUAGCUUAAUUUAGUUUUAGAGAAGUAAUAUUGAUGUUUUCUUUUCUUUAUUUUUUUUUUAGUUUCGGUUUUGUACGGAAGAUUAUGCUUUAAGUUACCUAGAAGAAAAAAAAAUGAUGCUGAAUACAUUGGAUAUUUGGAUUUCAUGUAAUUGUAUUUGGUUUCAAGUUCUGCUGUAAAGAGUUAAACUUCUCCCAA